AUGCUGCACAGCCACUACUUCACAACAAAAAUAUAUAUCUCCAUUCCUCAUGUGGACCACGGAGUAACUGCAUCAAAAGAGAGAAUGGCAUCCACAUCUGUAGGCAGACGCCUCGUUGCUUGUCUCCUCAACAUCUCUGAAGCUCGAAGGAAAGACUUGGUGGAAACCGUGGCUAAAGCAGCUCUUUACGAUCCUAAAGGCGUCAGGAGAGAAGGCACCACCGUCCUGAACAUCUUUAACGACCACGACUACAACCGCUCCGUCAUCACCAUCGUGUCUGCCAUCGACUCCAUCCGGGAGGCGGUGUUGUCGGCCUGUGAGAAAGCGUGCAGCCUCAUCGACAUGCGCGCUCACUCAGGAGGUCACCCGUGUCUGGGCGCCGUGGACCUCAUCCCCCUUUACCCCCUCGGAGAAGACGUGCUGCCCCAGGACUGUGCCAGCGAGGCCAGAGGUGUCUGGUAUCACGGUGUCCCUGUGUCUCUGGGUCUCUGUGUUCUCAGUGCAGGAGUGGGACUAGAAGAAUCAUAG